AAGAUGCUAAAGAUCAUUUUGUUUUGAUGGAAAGAAAUGACAAAUCUUAACAAACAUUGACCUCCGCAGAACUAAUUCCACUUCCCUCGCUUGAAUUAAAACCGUGUUUUGCUUCAUCAUAUUUUUGGGAAACUAUAACCUUAUCAGAUGAAAUUCGUAUUUAGAUUCGUUUUAAAUCUGGUUUACGGCUCAAUUUUGGUCGUUUGUUACGCAAAACCUGUUCUAAUGAAACCAGACAGAGAAAGUGAAGAAAGCAGCGUGGACGAUAAAACAAAACACAUGCAAUUAACAACCAAAGGGACAUGAAUUCCCUGUAGUAACACGCAGACACCAUGUCAGAGUUUUAUAUGCAGAAUUUUAAAUAUUUCAUCCUUUAAGGCUUUUGUCUACAUCUGAUUGUUUUGUUUUAUUUUGAAAAGCCUGUUUCUAAUCCUACACGGAAUGGAUAACAGAAAAGCCGGGAUAACAGACGACGUUUUAAAGACUUCCCUUGGGGCUGGAUUUUGACAAUUCCCACCACUUUGUAAUUUUAUUGAUAAUGAAGAGGAUGGCGAGGAGGGGACUUUUGAUUUUUGCCAGAAAAGCUAGUUAAGGACAAUCAAUAGUACAUCAUUGGAAGAGUUUUGUGAUAAAAGCCCUUGGUUACCCUGGCAAUCCAUCACUUGGCCAUACAGAUAGGUCAAACGAAAUUAUAUUGCGCUUAUCUCUCUACACCAGAAGAGUAACAGAGACGCGGAUCAAUAGGCUUAUAUAUUGUUCUACUUGUGUUGUAAUGGAAAUGAUGUAUCGCUGAUUUAGAGCCCUUUGGCCGCCAUACACCAGCGAUACUGGUCAAAUGUGAACCCUUGAUCCCAUGAGAACACUUCAAUUUUAUGAUAGACACUUACAAACCAAGUACACCAUAUAAUUUCAUGAAAAUCAUUUUUCAAUCAGAAAGUGAUAAGAAGUUAUGCAAAAGUAAACAGGAAGGAGUGCAGGUUACUGUGGUGGUGGUGGUGUCUGUCUUUUUGAUAUCCUAGUGGUCGCCUUAUGCAAUACAGUGCUUCAGUUCAGCCCCUUAAGUCUCCAGGAUUUCUGCUGGUUUUACGCGUCUGUUUGCAGCCAAAUGCCAGCGGACACCGGUUUAAGUUAAGCUCUUACGCGGGAUAAUUAACAUUAUGGGAAUCUGAAGCACAUGUUCUUUGCAAGAAAAGGGCACGAAUUGCGUUUUCGGUAGGCUUGGAUUGGUUGAGUAUUGAGGAUGCGCCCGUGAGGAACCGACCCAUAACGGAACCAGCCGACACACAGGCAUAAGCUGCCAAACAUUAAUCGUUUUGAUAAAAGUCGAUCUAUCGUUUGUUAGCGCAAACUUAACUAGCUUUGAUGUGUAGUUUAAAUAUAUACUUCUUCUUGAACUAGACGCAAUGCAUUUUAAAAUAUCUUAAUGUUGUUUAAUGUCUUUUAUUCGUUAAGAAAGUGUUUUUGCACACUUAUAAGUGAUGUCGAAAGACUUCACACCGUGCGAGGUGUCACCAGAGCUGCACGCGCACUUGUUUGCGUCCAGUUUGCGCUUCUGCUGGACGUGAACAGAGAGCGAAAGGGGAAAAACUGAGGAAGUGAAACGGGCUAAUUACUCAGUCCAUCCCUCAUUUCCAUAUCCAGAGAGAGUGUCUACUGGCGCACGGCCAAUCCCUCAUGCAGCGCAACUGACCCCGGGACUGUACGGGACUGCCUGCUUGCGUCCGAUGCAUCUGCGGAUCGGAGCGCCGACGCGAGCGCACGAACAUGUCCCGAAGAAAGCAAGCGAAACCCCAGCAUCUCAAAUCGGACGAAGAGGGAGCACCGUCGGAUAAAGGUCCGAAUAACGCACUUCUCUUGAGGGGAGGAGAUGAGGAGGACAGCAGCACUGAAAGCCACAGCGGUGGCGAGGAGACGCACGUGUGCGAGAGGUGCUGCGCUGAAUUCUUCACGUGGUCUGAACUGCAGGAGCACCAGCAGAAGUGUACGGAGGACCCUCCUGUGCUGAUAGUAAAAGACAAUGAAGAAAAGCUGAUGUCCCGGGGAUCGCCCACAGAGUCGUUCUUAAGCGCUCAAAGUGACUCGGCAGAAAUGGAGACCAACGAACAGAACUCUGAUCUGGCUGAGAAAGUCGACGAGAGCUUUGGCAUGCCCGAGGAAACCCAGGUCAUCGACGUGGACGACGACAUGGAUAUUAGUAUGACCGAGCAUGAAUCUUCCAACCAUAGCCCUCUACCACUUGAGAAUGAAAACCCUGCUUCUUCACCUGGCCCUUCUGUAACCAACCACUAUGAUAUGCCCAGCACCAAUGUGACCCUGGAGAUUCUUCAUAGCACCAGAGUGGCAGUUGCACAGUUUUCCCAAAGCAUUCAGUGUGCGGGACCUGGAGGCAAACUGACCUCGGCUGCGAUACCCAUGAUUCUAGAGCAGUUGAUGGCUUUGCAGCAACAGCAGGUUCAGCAAUUACAGCUCAUCGAACAGAUCCGCAGCCAGGUCGCCGUAAUGAAUAGGCAGCCUACGCAAGCCGCACUUAAUCCUGCCUCGAAAAGCUUGCCCUCUGACUCUAACACUUACAAUUUCCAGGGCAUUGCUCCGCCUCCUGUACUUCCAUUAUCUGGGGUCAUGCCCUCUACAGUGAAUGGGCAGGCCUCUGUAUCCCAGGCUUCUAUGCUCGGGAGGCCACCAUUGCUCUCCUCCCAAUCAAACAGUGGACAGACCAACUCUAGAGCUAUGGACAGCGUCGCUUCUUCCUUACCAAGUUCAAGCCCUCAUCUCUUCAGCUACAGUGGGUCUUCCCCACUCUUGCCGAUCUGUAGCGGAUCACUCUCUAAUGUUAGUAACACCCAGUCCAUAAGCACUCCCAGCCCACUAUCAGCUUGCCAGAGUAGCCUCCUCAGCCCCUCUGCCAACCUACCAUUACUACCUCAAAGUCCUCCCAACGGAGUAAUCUUUCCCAAUCCACUGGCCAGCAUAGCAGCUACCGCCAGUGCAUUAGAUCCACUUGCUGCAAUGAUGAAGAACCGCAAGGGCAAACUUCCCGGGGUCUCCAUUUUUGACACCAAGCCUGCUUCUGAAGACCCAUUUUUUAAGCACAAGUGCAGGUUCUGCGCCAAAGUGUUCGGCAGUGAUAGCGCAUUGCAGAUCCACCUGCGCUCGCACACAGGUGAGAGGCCCUUUAAAUGCAACAUUUGUGGCAAUCGUUUCUCAACAAAGGGGAACCUUAAAGUUCACUUCCAAAGGCACAAGGAGAAAUACCCUCAUGUUCAGAUGAAUCCUUACCCUGUCCCAGAAUAUCUGGACAAUAUCCCAACCAGUUCUGGGAUACCCUAUGGAAUGUCUUUUCCUCCAGAAAAACCAGGACCUACUUGGUUGGACAGCAAGCCUGUUUUACCUACAGGGCCGUCCAACGUAGGUCUACAGUUGCCACCCACGGUACCAAUUAUUGAAAGCUUAAGUGAUUCGUUUACAAGUACACCAUCUGAAAGAUCUCCACACAGGCCCUCGCCAGCCAGAGGUGAACUGACACCUUCGUCACCCAAUCCCACUGGCACUGAGACAGAUAUGUCCACCACAAUAUCCCCUAAGUCACACAGAGACGGAGAGAUCAUACAGACCUUCAAUACGGAGGAGGUCCACUUGCCGGCCAACAAUAUGACUAGAAAUGAUAACAACCUCAGCUCUUCAAACCACAAUCUGCUUACACACUCCAUGCCAACAGCAACACCUGUUAAGAGCAAUACCCCUGAGUCCCCUAAUGUUACUUUAGCAGUUAAUAAAUCCUCUUCUCCCCCGCUAAUCUCUGAUCAGAUUAAGGCCAAGUUCCCAUUCUGUGGUCUCCAAGACACAUCUGAGACAUCGAAGCUCCAACAGCUUGUGGAAAACAUCGACAAGAAGAUGAUGGAUCCCAAUCAGUGUGUGAUCUGCCACCGUGUGCUAAGCUGUCAGAGUGCAUUGAAGAUGCAUUACCGCAUUCAUACAGGUGAAAGGCCAUUUAAAUGUAAGGUUUGUGGCCGUGCUUUCACAACAAAGGGUAACUUGAAGACUCACUUUGGUGUCCACCGUUCAAAGCCUCCCCUCCGGAUUCAGCAUUCCUGCCCGAUCUGUCAGAAAAAGUUCACCAAUGCUGUCGUGCUACAGCAGCACAUACGUAUGCACAUGGGUGGGCAGAUUCCAAACACGCCGCUUACUGAAACUGUCUAUGAGAAAGAUACCGAUAUGGAGAGCUUUGACAGCAUGAGUACUUAUGAUGACGACUGCUUUGAUGAUAUCUCAUUUGAGGACGAAGGGGAUGUUGUAGAAAACAGUGAAAACACUCUGAGCUCUUUUUCAGAAAGUCCACCACCCAUCUCAUUGCUCCCAAGCGGUGUACCCGAAACUAAAAGCGCGGAGGGUGACUCAUCUGUCUGUCCCAGCCAAUCAAAUGAGAAAAAGAUGGUCAGAUGCAGACCUAUGGAUAAUGAUCAUCAUGCUGUUGGGCGUACCGCCUCUGGUGAGAUGGAGAACCAAAGCAUGAGGACGAGUUUAAUGCCACAGUCAAGUUCGAUUCACAUUCCAACAUAUCCCACACAUAUUCAACCGGAGGGACAACAUGAGCUCUCCACCUCACUGAACCUCUCCUCUAAAAUUGUAGAAGGAAGUACAAGAGGAAAAUCCGAAACGUCAGAUUCUCCUGUAACAAAUUUAGUCAAUGGGGUGACUCUUAAUCAAACUGGAAUCCAAUCGAUCAAUUCUACAGUCAAGAAAGAAAACCUUUUCAACGUGCAAUGUUUCAGUAAGGAACAUGACGAUCUUCAAAGGACCACUGAACAGGAUACAAAAAAUACCCCGACUCUAGUUAAAAUGGAGAUGUCUGUUUGCAGUAAGCCGUACAUGCUAAAAGAGGGGCCUUUUCCUGCAUUUAGCAUUCCGUCUCCCACCGCCCGCUCCGAGGUGAUGAUACCAGGCGUCACCUCGCUUACCGGACCACCCCCUCCUCGACGGACCCCCAAGCAACACAACUGCAGCGCAUGUGGGAAAAACUUCUCCUCUGCCAGUGCCUUGCAGAUCCAUGAGCGCACACACACAGGCGAGAAACCCUUCGGCUGCUCUGUCUGUGGGCGAGCUUUCACUACAAAGGGUAAUCUUAAGGUGCACAUGGGCACCCACAUGUGGAAUAACACCCCUGCUCGUAGAGGUAGACGUUUGUCUGUGGAAAACCCAAUUGCCCUUCUGGGAGGUGAUGCCCUGAAAUUCAGCGAAGCAUUUCAGAAGGAUUUAGCAGCGCGGGCCAUGAACGUGGACCAAAACUUCUGGAGCCGAUAUGCAGCGGCUAUAACUAAUGGCUUAGCAAUGAGGAACAAUGAAAUAUCCGUAAUUCAGAAUGGAGGAGUUCCUCAGCUUCCCGCUAUUACCGUACCUACGGAUAAAGCUAGUACUGGAAACAGCCCACCAAUCACAGCCCUUGAAAAAACAGGCUUAGAUAGGGGCGCUGGACAUCACUUCUCAAUGAUGAUGGAUGACAAAAAAGACAUUGGAAUCAAUUAAAAGUAAAGGUGACAUAUUUCUCCUUAAUAGGGUUGAUAUUAAAGCGUCAGAUUAAUGUCUUUAGAAUAUGCUUUUAUUCGUGUGGAAAAAUAUUCAGUUUAUCUUAUCCUGUACUGGCACUUGGUUUUCAUUUCACCGAUGCUGGGUUUAGUUUUACAAAUAUGCUCACUGACUGAAACCUUACACUUGAUACAAGGGCAUUGCUUUGAGAUAAAGUGAUAAUUUUAUGUUGUAAAUAUGUAUUUUAUUUUAUUUUCCUUUUUUGAUGUUAAAUAUCGUUCCAUUUAUGGAAAAGGGAACAUGUUUGCGUAUAUUAACAAACGUUUUGAUUCCCACACUGUGGUCUUAAUAUAGCUACAGCUAAAAGUAUGUAACUUUAGACCCCAAAAAAGACAGAAGAGAGACAUUGCAGUGUUUUUGGAAAGAAAUGUAAUAUUCUUCGACAUCCCACUGCUUUGCUGCUAUGCAUAGGAUGCAGACUGUUUAUUUUUAUGUAAAUUAAGAACACCACUAUGAAAGCUAGUUUCAAUUUAGCUGCCAUCAACAAUGAAGUGUUCCAUUUUACACAAUGUUAUUAUAUUAAUAAUGCUGAUCAUGUGCUGUAUCUGUUUUAUUUUCUGACUUGUUUCCCUUUACAUGCAAAAUUAAAUAGUGGGCCAAACUCUGAAUUAAAAUGUGUUAAUAAAGAUCUUACAUUAAAAACACUUUUAAACUUCA